AUGGCCACCGACACAAUGCCCUCAGCACUUCUGACUCCCACUAUAUUGGGCCACGCUGGAAGACCAUAUAAACAAGGUCUUCGAGCACUUCUGGACGCAACGUUGGAACAGACUCCAGCAGCAGCCGCCACAGCCAGACACCACAACCCAGCUCCAAUCUGGCCCUUUCCCAAAAACAGCCAAGCUGGGAGGCACCGGGUGACAACUUAA